AUGGAUGUAUACAAGUGUCUAAGCGUACUUUUCUUCGCUCUUCCUCCACAAGUUUGUUUCCAAGUUCGACCUCGUGCCCACGCUGAAGAUAGGCUGCUCCAGGAUCUGUUCGCACAUUACAAUAAGCUCUCCCGGCCUGUGGAAAACACUUCAGACACAGUGCUAGUCCACUUUGGACUGUCUAUUGCCCAGCUCAUUGAUGUGGAUGAGAAGAACCAGAUGAUGACCACAAACGUCUGGGUCAAACAAGAGUGGAAUGAUUACAAACUGCGCUGGAAACCGGAGGAAUAUGAAAAUGUCACCUCCAUCCGCAUUCCUUCAGAGAUCAUCUGGAGGCCCGACAUUGUCCUCUACAACAACGCUGAUGGCGACUUUGCGGUGACCCAACUCACGAAGGCGCAUCUGUUCCAUGAUGGUCGGAUAAAGUGGAUUCCACCGGCCAUCUACAAGUCUUCCUGCAGCAUAGACGUCACCUUCUUCCCUUUUGACCAGCAGAGCUGCAAGAUGAAGUUUGGCUCGUGGACCCACGACCGCGCCAAGAUUGACCUCAUCAGCAUGGCCAGCGACGUGGACCAGAUAGACUACUGGGAGAGCGGCGAGUGGAUCAUCAUCAAUGCAGUGGGCAAGUACAACACCAAAAAGUACGAGUGCUGCACAGAGAUCUACUCGGACAUCACCUACUACUUCAUUAUCCGGAGGCUUCCGCUGUUCUACACCAUCAACCUCAUCAUCCCCUGUCUCCUUAUCUCCUGCUUGACCGUGCUGGUGUUUUAUUUGCCAUCGCAAUGUGGAGAGAAGAUCACAUUGUGCAUCUCAGUGCUGCUGUCCCUGACAGUGUUCCUCCUGCUGAUCACAGAGAUUAUACCCUCAACAUCGUUGGUGAUUCCGCUGAUUGGUGAAUAUCUGUUGUUCACCAUGGUCUUCGUCACACUGUCCAUCGUAAUCACCGUCUUUGUUCUGAACGUACAUCACCGGUCGCCACAAACCCACGGCAUGCCUCAUUGGGUGCGGAGGGUCUUCUUGGACAUGGUGCCGCGGGUCCUCUUCAUGAAGCGACCGCCGGGCACAGCCAAGCAACACUGCAAGAAGCUCAUCGAGAUGAUGCACCGACCGACCACCAUAUCGGCAACGGACAACUCGUUGGCCUAUUGGACGGGGUUGGAGACGGGGCUGAGACAGAUGUGCCAGGAGGAGACUGCUCUUCCAAAGACUCCAUCCGACAGUCCAAGCGUCCUCGUCUGCUCGCCCUCGCCACCCUCUUCCCCUCUUGAGGACUGCAACGGGAAUGAUCACCCACCGAUGGCCAACAUCUUCUGCCAGACCACAUCUGGUGAGUAUUCUGUUCGCUCCGAGAAGCAUCCCCAACGGGGGCACAACUCCGCGGCCUCGUCUUCUUCGCAAUUAUCCUUGCCCUCGGCUCUGCCACUUGGUCCACUCCACAGCCUUUCCAAGGAAAAACCAAAUACACUGGCCCCAAAUGGCCGCUCCCACAGUGCGGAGCAAAUGUGUGACCUGCAGAGAGAGAGAGACGGGCACCGCUGUCGCUCCCACAGCUUCCACUACUGCUGUCUGCACGAUGAAGGGCCUGGGCUUAAGGCGAUUGGCGGGUGGGUGAAGAAACAAGACCCGACAGAUCACCCGACAGAAGCCAUCACGGGAGAGUCGACUAAAGACGCGAGUACCCAACAGGACACCGUUAUUGCAACUAUUUCCCCAGCUAUGCAACGGGCCAUAGAGGGAGUUCAGUACGUCGCCGAUCACCUCAGGGCAGAAGAUGCAAAUUUCUCGGUGAAAGAAGACUGGAAGUAUGUGGCCAUGGUCUUUGACAGGAUAUUCCUCUGGAUGUUUGUGCUGGUGUGUAUACUGGGAUCUGUUGGACUCUUUUUUCCUCCUUGGAUGGCUGGAAUGAUCUAG